AUGAUUUUCGAACCGCAGUCCCUGCUGGACCAUGCCGUGACCCUCGGCAUCAUAACGCCACAGGUCCUCCGGCAGGCUGGACCUGUACGGGGAGCCAUUGCGCUUUUAAAGUUGCUUUUUGUAUUUUUCCCAAAAGCCACCGUUCAGCUCGUAUGGACGCGGUACCUGACGGCGCGCAAGAACCGGCCGCUGUAUGUGCAGCAGGCCAACGUGGCCGAGGACUUUGCGCUGCGCCUGCUGCGCUGGUCCGCCGUCAGCCUGCACCCGAAGGUGCUGCGCGCCGUCACGGACCGGCCGGCCGCGGCGCACAUCAUCAAGUGGCGCGCGUACCGCAACGGCUGGACAAAGUACAAUGAGCAGGUGCAGGAAAAGGUCUUGGAAGAGGGUCCCGAGAGAACCGAAGGCAUUUGGGUACGACACGACAAGACAAAGAGGCAUGACAUUGUUCUCCUCUACAUCCACGGCGGCGGCUACGCUGUGCUCUCUGCCAAGUUUUACCUCGAGUUUCAACUUGCGGUACAGAGCAGCCUGCUCGAGGCUGGCUACGAGAACCCAGCCAUCUUCAGCUUGGACUACACGCUGGCCCCGGACAAGCACUUUCCGGGGCAGCUCAACGAGGCGAUGUUGGGAUACAAGGAGGUUCUAGCGGCGGCGGACCCGGACACCAAGAUCUGUGUCGGCGGUGACUCGGCGGGCGGCAUGCUCACGCUGACGCUGCUGCAGGACCUCGCGGCGCGCAAGCUGCGCGACGAGCCUAUACGUCACCCGGACCUGGCCAUCCUCAUCUCGCCGUGGGUGACGCUCAAGACGCAUCUGCACCGCAAGUCGGAUCUCGACUACAUCCAACCCGACACCCUUGCGCGGUUCGCCGAUCUGUACACGGGCGGGGGCGGCGUCGGCGCGUACCAGGCGCCCGCGUCACCGGGCAGCUGCCAGGACGAAGGAAUCUGGGAGGCGGCGCGGCCGGCGCGUGGCUACAUUGUCACGUACGGCGAAGAGGAAGGCUUGGCGGACGACAUCAAGUAUCUGAUCCAGCACCAAAAGUCGCGGGGCACCGACGUGCGGGUACUGAUGGACCUCGGCGGCGUGCAUGUGUGGCCGGUGGUCUCGUUACAGUUCUGCACCACCAACGAGAGGCGCGUGCAGGGCAUUCGGUCUAUAGUCAAAGAGAUUAGAAGCGCGUUGGCAUAG